UGACUACUCAAUCAAUUUCCUUCAAGUUUACUUCAUUUCCAAGAUUUCUUAUGAUGCGAGCUAGGUCUUAUCUAGCGUGCAUAUUUCUGCUAAACUUUAACAUUCUAAAGGAUUUAUAUAGGCUAAUAAAAUAGUAAACCCAUCACAGCUUGAUUUCCUAGUACUUGUAAGUAAUUACUGGUUCACAUGUAGGACUGGUAUUUGUAUCUGGAGUUAUUUCCUCUGUGGAGCUGUAGUUAGUCACAACCAAAGGCAAAAGACGAAGUAUUCGAUUACUGUUAUUAUUCACCGUGUUGCAUUGAUUCCUAGGAAUAUUUAAUUAUUAUUACAAUGGAUUAUCAUUAAUUGAUUAUAUUGAUGGAUAUCAUUGAUCUCGUUUCAAAAUAACUGCGUUUUAAAAAGUUUGUCAUGAACACGUCAAAGAAACCAAACGAAAUGUCGAUUGCAUUAUACGUUGCGUUUUCAUGGAUGUUUUUCUUGGAUGUCUUUACGAAAAGUUUACGAAUAUGGUCAGAUUUCUAACGUGUAAUUAUCCGGUAGCAAUAUAAAUCGCAAAUAUUCGCAGAUGCUUAAAAAGCAGAUCCCGAGGCGUUCCGAGUAAGGGUAAAUUCAUAAUUCAAAAAGGAAGGAGAAAAAAAUGAGACGGGGUGGUGCUUGGCUUGGAUGGAGAAAACGCCGAGAAACAUUCCUGGCAUAGUUUGGGAACAGUUCAGCAGUCAGCCACCGGUACGUCAGCUUUCACUACGCUAUAAAAGAGCUGCUGUGCUGCGUUUAGGCAGACUGCAACUGAAAGCCGAUCUCUGCACAGAUCUCACAAUCGCAGCAUAAGAAACAGGGAAGGGCGAAAAUCAACGAAGACUAUAAUUAUUCACCCGAUAAAGUCAGCGAUCGAGUUGCAAAUAUAUAUUUCUGUCUGAAAAUCGCGGGAAAGGCGGAGAAUGUUUCUCUUAUUCAUACUUUGUCUUUUCCUUGGAAGCUUCAGUAUGGUGCAUUGUUCCUGCCCGGCGAAAUGCAUGUGUCCUCCUGAGGUUCCCGUCUGCGCACCGGGAGUGAGUCUUGUUUUUGAUGGAUGUGGGUGUUGCAAGGUCUGCGCCAGACAGCUUAAUGAGGAUUGCAGCAAACUGGAAACAUGCGACCACACGAAAGGACUGGAGUGCAACUUCGGGGCCAGCCUGGGUGAGACGCGAGGCAUAUGUCGAGCUAAGUCAGAGGGGAGACCCUGUGAAUACAACAGCAAGAUCUAUCAGAAUGGCGAGAGCUUCCAGCCAAACUGCAAGCACCAGUGCACCUGCAUCGAUGGAGCCGUGGGAUGCAUUCCGCUGUGCCCUCAGGAGCUCUCCUUACCCAAUCUGGGAUGCGCAAACCCCAGGCUUGUUAAGGUGCCUGGCCAGUGCUGUGAGCAGUGGGUCUGUGAGGAAAGCAAGCAGACUGACUCCAUUAACAUAAUCUUCAAGGAUGGCUUGACAGAUGAGUCAGAGAAUGACCUCACCAACAGAAAUGAACUUAUCUCCCUGUUUAAAGGAGGUCUCAAGUCUCUACCUGUCUUUAGAAUCCAGCCUGAGAGCCACAUGUUCGAUGAACAGAAAUGCAUCACCCAAACUACAGCUUGGUCCCAGUGCUCGAAGUCCUGUGGGAAAGGUAUUUCCACCAGGGUCACCAACAAUAACGAAGAAUGCAAACUGGUGAAGGAGUCACGCCUCUGUGAAGUACGGCCAUGUGGCCAUUCCUCCUACUCUGCUCUAAAGAAGGGAAAGAAGUGCAGCCGGACCAGAAGAUCCAGUCAGCCAGUGAAGUUCACCUAUGCAGGUUGUAGGAGCCUCAAGAAGUACAAACCCAAGUACUGUGGUACCUGUGUGGAUGGCCGCUGCUGCAGCCCGCAGCAGACCCGAACGAUAGCAGUCAAGUUCCGCUGCGAAGACGGCGAAUCUUUCAACAAGAACGUCAUGAUGAUUGAGUCCUGCAGGUGCACCUUCAACUGUCCCCAUGGCACCGAAGGUUCCCACCCCUUCUACAGACUCUUCAAUGACAUCCACAAGUUUCGAGACUAAGCCCUAUUCAGUUAUCGCAACCAUCAACAAUAGCAUUAGGGCCAAUUGAAACUGAGGGGCUCACAUUACGUCUAAUUGAACACCAUCCCUUUAAAUUCCCAAGGAAUUAUGGACGUAUCUCGAAGACUAAAGGAAAUGCACUAUGUAGCCAAAAACUAUGCCAGCAUAGUUGUUUCUUUUUUUUUUAUCCUCGCUUCAUAAUAUUGGAGCAAUAUUGUUAGCUUCAUAAUGGAGCAAUUUGUAAUAAAAUUUGUAGCGUGAAGAUGCUAAUACUGAUUAGUUUUGUAUAUUUUGAAUUAUGAACACCAGACAUGACUUAAACUGUAUAGAUUCAUGUAUAUGUACAUACACAAGUAAUUUAAUUCUUUGUUUGACCUGUAAAGUAAGAUAGACACCACAUUAGGCUUGUUCAACUACUCUGUGGUCACAUUCCGUCCCAAUGUGGACAAAAUGAUUCACUUUUUGCGGCAGCUAUUAAAUAAUGUCUCCAUUUCAGCAUUGAAAGAGAAAAUGUGUAAAAAAGAAUGAAUGAUUUAUCAUUAUUUAUCAAAAUGUAGCUACUUUAUUUGAACAUUAAGUGUUAUACUAAAUUGUUAAAUAAUAAUUUUAUAUGUUAUAGACAAAAAUAUAGAUUUAUUUAUGAAACAUUGUAUUUCCUCUAUGUUUUAUUAAAAGAAAAAUAAAGCUGAAAAUAAAGACUUA